AAGGCGGGCUCUGCAUAUUGGAACUUCCGUUCAUUAUUGGUUACGUCGGAAGAACUUUGUCCUGCGUCUGCGUCGAUUGGUUGUUGAGGCGGAAGAAUAGCAUCGCGAAGGGAAGCGAGUUCUUUUGGUGGCGGACGCAAUAGAAAUCAUGCAGGACUAUCAGAAGUUGCCAAUUGAUAUACAGACCAGCAAGUUGCUCGAUUGGCUGGUGGAUAGGCGACACUGCAGCCUGAAAUGGCAGGCUCAGGUCCGCAUCAUCCGUGAAAAAAUUGCUUUGGCUAUCCAGGACAUGCCAGAAAAUGAAGAGAUCAAAUGUCUUCUUUCUGGUUCCUAUAUUCACUAUUUUCAUUGCCUCAGAAUUGUGGAGGUCCUCAAAAGGACAGAAGUCUCUUCUAAAAACAUAUUUGGUCAUUAUUCUUCACAGCGAAUGAAGGAUUGGCAAGAAAUUGUAACACUAUAUGAAAAGGAUAACACUUACUUGGUGGAACUGGCCAGCCUUCUGGUACGAAAUGUCAACUAUGAGAUCCCCUCCCUCAAGAAACAGAUCAACAAAUGUCAGCAACUGCAACAAGAAUACAGCCGGAAGGAGGAGGAGUGUCAGCUGGCAGCUGCUGAGAUGAGGGAGCGCUUCUGCAGCUCCUGCAAGCAGUACGGAAUUUCGGGGAAUGAUAUACGCCAAGAGCUUCUGGCUUUAGUGAAAGACUUGCCAUCACAACUGGAAGAGAUUGGAGCUGGUGCCAAGGGUCUUUUGGAAGCCAUCAAUCUAUACCAGGCCUGUGUACAAUUUGUUUGCGAUGGUUCUACAGAACAAGUAGUCCCAUUACUGAGACAUGUGCAGGCUCAAGGCAACACCACCAUGUAUGAAUGGAGGCGAGGAGUCAAGCCAACAUUGGUGGAACGGCCAAAGACAGAGGAAGAGAAGGAAAUGGCCGAGGAGGAGGCGGCGGUUGACUGGGGUGAUUUUGGAACAGAAGAAACAGUAUCUGUCUCUGAAGCAACAGAUUAUGGUAUCUCAGUUGAAGGAGCAAGUGAGGAGAUAGAUUGGGGAAUUUCUUUGGAACCAGAAGCUCAAGGGAGCAGCUCUUCAGGCAUUGACUGGGGAGAUAUGAAAGAUGAUAUGGCUCAAAUUCUAAGUGAAGACCUUGAGGGAGUUGCACGAGGUCCUGAUGCUUUCACCCUUCUGGAAACACCAGAGACUCGUAAUCAGUUCAUUGAUGAACUCAUGGAGCUGGAGAUCUUCCUUUCCCAGCGCAUUGCUGAGAUGAAUGAAGAGGCAGAUAUCCUAUCUGUAAGUCAGUUCCAACAAGCACCACCUAUCUUGCAAGACCAGACCAAAGAGAGAUUAGCAACCAUGAUGGCAGUCAUCCAGAAUCUAAUAGGACAGCUAACGAAUCUGCGAAUGCAACAUCUUUUUAUGAUCCUUGCUUCUCCAAGAUAUGUGGACCGAGUGACUGAGCUCCUCCACCAAAAAUUGAAACAAGCAAAUCUAUUGCUCCUGAAGAAGGAGCUAAUGGUACAGAAGCAGAAGGAGGCACUGGAAGAGCAAGCUAACCUGGAGCCAAAACUUGACUUACUUGUAGAGAAAACCAGAGAUUUGCAGAAACUGAUAAAAGCUGACAUCUCUAAGCGGUAUAAUGGUCGACCUGUGAACUUGAUGGGCACCACUCUUUGAUUACUCCUCCUCAAACAUGCCAGACACAGCCUUUCAAGCAGCAAAGUGUUAAACAUCUCAAACAGAAGAAGAAAAAUUGGGAAAAAGGACAAGUAUCAAAAAAGUGUAAGGAUCGAGGACAAGGGUUGCCACUGACCAAGCUCCAGGAGUUUGGGAUCUGUAGUGGAAAAGAUGCUCUGAUCCCAUUUUGUAUCAGCUAUAAGCACUUCUUAAUAAUUUUUAAUGAGUCAAUAAAGCUGAUGUUUCCAUAUUAAA